GAACAAUGCAAAUUGCUAAGUCUACAUUAGUUUGCAAUAUUUAGCUAUUUGUGAAGCAAACGCUAGUUUUUUAGAAAUAUUACGAAUAUAUUGAAUCUAUUACAUUUUAGGCACAGUCUACUACGAUUUUAAAUUUAUUACGUCGUAUGUCAAAUAUUUUAUGUCAAAAUCAGCUGGAAAAUAUUGGCAAAAUUUAUCAUUACACUUAUCGUGAUCAAAUUCGGUAUUCAUUCUUCAAAGGAAAGAGAAAAUAGUUUUGAUAUAAACAUUAAUUCAGAUUUAUCAAUUAUCUAUUUUGUACAACCAAACACUGACUAACAAAGAUAAAACCCAUAGUCACCGUCGAACCUGCGGUAAACCUAUAAACCUGUUAUUAAUUUUACUACCGUUUGAGGAUAAUGGCGUUCAAAUUAAGCUACAGUUUCGAGGGCAACUCGAGAACUAAACCCGAGCAAAACUUAUCUGGAGCCAGUAAGAAGAUGACAAAAGAUAUACUGUUACAAAAGACACACGAAGAACGGAGAAAAAGACAAGAGCAAAGACUGAAAUUGCAGAGCGCCGAAUUGCUUCAAUCGCACAUUCGCAGUUACAUCGACAGAAAACACAAGAAGGAGGAAGAGAGAAUCCUUUUCGACGAGCUCGAAGGUUCCGGAAACAUUCAAGUGCUUCUGUCCAAACUGCUAUUCUUUUACGAUCCUAGGGAGGAUAAGGCAAGACUGUUUAAAUUGGCCAAUAAGCUUGUACAAUUGAAUGAAGGCAUUUCAAAUCGAAUGGUAACAGAUUCAUCGUUUUGUUGGUUAAUAAAAAGGUUCCUCGUACAGUGUUUGAAAAAUAUGAAGGAUAAUGUGGAAACGAUGAUUUUAUUGCAGUGUCUUUAUAUCUUCACUACCGAUGCUAAUAUGUUUAUUUAUUUAAUCCAAAAAGAUUAUUAUGGGUAUUUAAGGAAGCAGCUGGAAAAUGGGAAACAUCACUUACAGGAAAUUAUUUUGUUGAUUUAUAAACCGUUCAAAUUCACGAACGAUUCCGAUAUUCUAAGCAAUUUGGCUCUCUCCGAGUUUUGCACGCAUUUUUUAAAACCCUCUUUGACUCACAACGUCAAAAGCAUUCUCAUUCCGUACAUGAAAAGUCAACACCGGGACUUCCCGUUCGAGAAGUUAAUUCUAUACCUGAACGGCAUCAACCAUUUCGAGAAUAGUUAUAAUUUGCUGUACUGUGUACUCGAUUUAGAACCUGAUGAUUAUGAACCGAAUUGCAGUAGCAUCGAGGUCCUCUCGAAGCUCAGCUCGAACAUACACGAAUUGAAACCUCCACCGGACCUGACGGAAAUGAGCGAUGACGAUGAAGAAGAGGAAAAUCCCGAGACUGUCGAGAAGAGAUUUUUGCUAUCCGAUUACCUGAAAAUAUUAAACAGAUGCGGGAAAGUUAAGAAAUGGCUGAAUUUGUUCGAGAAAAAUAAUAACAACGAGAAGGUUUUAGUAGCGUUUACUAAUUUAUGCCAUAAUUUACUGUUGGUUUAUAAGGAUUCCAUGAGAAAAUAUUUAUUGUUGUAUAAAUUCGGUUUGAACAGUACAUUCCUAAUAAAACUUUGGGAAUAUUUAAAUAAAAACAACAGCAGACAAUUGGAGGCCAAGGGAACUUCUUUGGCGGUUUGGCGCAAUUAUCACACGGCAUUAUCCGUGUUCUGUGACAUGUUUACCUUUUACACGGCAACUCUAACCGAUAGCGGUAAGAACAACAAUUACUCGCGCUAUAAAACUGAAAUAAAUACUAUUUCAGAGAAAUCCGAUACCAGCCACACCUUUGCUCAGAACGAUUUGUUCGAAAUGUCGAAGUUGCUUAAAAACGUGGCCAGAGGACUGAUAGAAGUGGCGUUUCCCAUGAGCAGAGCCAGCUCGGUACCUUCUACUCCGGAAGUGAUUCAUCUAUACAGGGCGUGUCUAAAUUGCGUCCAUAUAUUGUACACGUUGGAUUUGAGAAAGAAAUUUUGCCCUGUAAACUUUUGGACUCUUGACAAGAUCCACAUUCCUCCAGACUUGGCGAGGAAAGAUUAUUUGUCGAAGAAAAUUUCGUCGUUUUAUGGAUCUAGAGAAGAUGAAGACGAGCACAUUCCUCCGCUUUCUACGAUUGAACAACGUUCCCUGGCUAUUCUCGAGGAAUUGCCGUUCCUCGUUAGUUUCAACACGAGAAUCUUACUUUUACGCGACCUAUGCAGAAAUAGCUUAGGAGAAGACGAUUACCAGAGACUUCAUCACGAAUUGAUGCACGACAAUGUGAUUGUAAUUCGUCGGACACACAUCUACGAAGACGCUUUCGAUAAAAUAUCGCAAAAAAGCGAGUUGGAUCUCAAACACAAAGUGAGAAUUCAGUUUAUAAACAAUGUGGGACUGGAGGAAGCGGGAAUCGACGGCGGCGGUAUAUUCAAGGAGUUUUUGAACGAGGUUCUCAAAACUGCGUUCGAUCCCAACAGAGGAUUUUUCUUACUCACCGCCGAUAAUACGCUUUACCCAAAUCCUAACGUUCAUCUGAUAGUAGAGAAUUUUACCGAUCAUUAUUACUUCAUCGGGAGAUUAGUCGGAAAAGCUAUAUUCGAAAAUAUUCUGGUGGAUCUUCCAUUGGCCGAGUUCUUUUUGGGGAAGUUACUCGUAGAAAGGGCACCCGCUCAUUAUUUGAAAUCGCUGGAUCCGGUUCUGUACAGAAAUUUGCUGUAUCUCAGAGAUUACAAUGGCGACAUCAGUGAUUUAGGACUCGAUUUUACGACUGUUAAUAACGACUUAGGAGAGACUAGAGUGAAGGAUCUCAAACCGAACGGUUCGAACAUCCCAGUUACAAACGAAAACCGAUUGGAGUACAUCCAAUUGUUGGCCGAUCUCAAACUGAACGGGCAAUUAAAAAAGCAAUGUACGGCUUUUAGAGACGGUCUAAAUAGCGUCGUACCCCUUGCAUGGUUGAAAUUGUUCAGUCACACGGAAUUACAAGUCAUCAUUGGCGGUGAUACCGAGGAGAUUGAUGUUGACGAUCUACGCGAACACACCACAUAUGGAGGAGAAUUUGUAGCAGAUCAUCCGACUAUUAUCUUGUUCUGGAAAAUUGUUAGUAGAUUUACGGAAGUACAGAAAAAACAGCUGUUGAAGUUUGUAACCAGUUGCUCUAGGCCUCCUUUACUUGGUUUCAAGGAAUUGAACCCUUCGUUUUGUAUUCAAUCUUCCGGGACGGAAAACAGAAUGCCCACAUCGAGUACCUGCUUGAAUUUACUGAAAAUCCCGAUUAUCACUGAGGAGGGAACUCUGAAAACGAAACUGCUGGCGGCGAUUGAACAACAAGCGGGUUUCGAACUCUCUUAAAUUAUUAAACGAAUUGUUAAUACUACUCUUUUUUGUUGUUUAUAUUUUUUUUAGUUAAUUUUAUCGAUGUGAAUUGCAGUUUUAUUU